AUGAAGGGAGGAGGAGGUCGCAGGUGCGGGAUCCCGGCGCCAGCUGAUGCGGGUGCGCGCGCAGCUGUUGUUUACGAGCCGGUAACUGUUUCGCAGCCGCGGCGCGCGGAGGAGGGCUCCGGCUGCCGGGGAGGGCGCCCCCUCCCCGGGCCGACGCCAGAGCAGCCGUUACGUGACCUCGCCGCCCCCGGCCCCGGGCCCGGCGGGCUGUGCCAGCCCCGCCGCAGCCCCUCCCUUCCCUCCCAGCUCGUUCCUCAUUCGAGGUUAACGGUCCGAAGAGAAGCCCGGGGGAGCGGUCGGAGGGCGGUACCGUCCCGGGAGCGCCGAGGAGCCCCGCCCAGGCUCUGCAGUCUGCAAGGGGACGUAAAGGGCUGCGCGCAUGCGCUGCCCGUCCCGGCGGGACGAGACGAGCAAAAUGUGCGAGGCCCGGAGGAAGAUGGAUUCCUCAGUGGGAUUAAGAAGUCUUUUCCACAUUGCAUUGUACUGCUCCCUGCUCUUGGUCUUCUUUUCCACGUACUCAUUCUUCAAGCAUUUUCUCAUCUACCGACUAAGGCCACUGUAAUGACUAAAAAUUUUCAGAAUGCCAGGGCAAGUGGGUGGCUCAGUCAGUUAAACGUUUGCCUUUAGCUCAGGUCAGGAUCCCAGGGUCCUAGGAUUGAGC